AUGUCUAGGAAAGGCAGUAAAGACACUGACCUGGAAACAACAGAUGAUGAUGUUGCCAUCAUCGGCAUCGGUUGUCGCUUCCCUGGUGCCUCCUGCCUCAGAGAAUUCUGGCAGGUCCUUGUGAAUGGAGAAAACCACGUCGUUGAAAUCUCUGAUGAGCGAUGGAUUAAGGAUGUAUUCUAUGACAGAGACCCACACGCUCCUGGCAAGACAUAUGCCAACACAGCUGGUUUCAUUAAGAAUUAUGCUCAUUUCGAUUUCAAACUGUUUGGCAUCAAUGAGCAAGAAGCUUCCCAGAUGGACCCCCAGCAGCGCCAGGUGUUGGAGUGCACGUUCAUGGCAUUGGAGGACGCGGGCAUCACCAGGAAACAAAUAGAAGGAGAGAAAGUAGGUGUCUUCAUCGGCUGCAUGAACAAUGACUUCACACAGCUGUCCAACAAUCACGCACACCUUAUAGACCACCACUCCGUAACUGGCACAGGCAGCAGCAUUGUAUCCAACAGGGUGUCCUUCAUCUUUGAUCUCAGAGGGCCAUCUAUGACCAUAGAUACUGCCUGUUCAUCAUCCCUUGUGGCCAUACAUCAGGCCGGGCUAGCAAUGAAAGCAGGUGACUGUUCUAUGGCGAUAUGUGGAGGAGUGAAUCUUCUUCUGAAUGGAGGAGUAUUUAUACCUCUCAGCAAAGCUCAGAUGUUAUCCCCAACAGGACAAUGUCGUGCAUUCUCUGCCAAAGCAGAUGGCUACACGAGAGGGGAAGGAUGCGGUAUAGUCAUUAUCAAGCCGCUCAAGCAGGCAAUGAAAGAUGGUGAUAACAUUUGGGGAACGAUAGCUACUGGUUUAAAUCAAGACGGACAUGUAUCAAAACCUCUCACAGCGCCGUCUGGCGAGCAACAAGCACAACUGAUCCAAGAUGUGUAUUCCAAACAUGGCAUAAACCCAGCAUCCAUCGACUACAUAGAGGCACAUGGAACAGGCACAAAAAUUGGUGAUCCAGUUGAAGUCAAUGCUUUUGGACAUUUCUUUAUGGAACAACAACAAUCAAAGACACGCUAUAUUGGUUCUGUGAAGACCAAUAUCGGCCAUCUGGAGUCAGCAGCAGGAGUGGCCGGACUAAUCAAGGUCCUGCUGAUGAUGAAACACAACACCAUCGUCCCAUCCCUACACUUUGACAACCCCAAUGAAGAGAUUAACUUUGACAUGUUUAAGUUUCAAGUGUCUCUAGCACGCCUAUGGGAGUCUUGGGGAGUGAAGCCAGCAGCUGUGGUAGGUCAGUCAGUGGGGGAGGUGGCUGCAGCACACAUUGCUGGAAUCCUGUCAUUGGGUGAGGCUGUGAGUGUCAUCUACCACAGGACAAAUAUCCUGUCCAAGGCCGCUGGGGGCAAAAUGCUUUUUGUGAAGAACUUGGACACCAAGGAAGUGGAAAAUCACUGUGCGAAGUAUAAGGGCAAAAUCAGCGUUGGCCUUUACUACAGUCCAAAAGCAUGCACAGUGAGUGGUGAUGCUUCUGAAGUAAAUCUGCUUAAAGAUGAGCUAUCAGAAAUGGGUGGAGACAUAACACUUACAGACCUGCAAGUGACAUCUGCCUUUCAUAGUCAUCACAUGGAUUCUUGCAAAGAGCAAAUUGAGGCUGUAUUACAAAAUCUGAAGACGGAAAAACCUACAGUUCCAUUCAUUUCUACCAUUGAUUCAAACUACACCGAGGAGGAAUUGAGAGCAGCAACAUACUGGUCAAAGAAUGUCAGAGCACCAGUCAAAUUCGGGGAGGGUAUAAAGGCUGCCAUGAAAGAAAAUGCCCACAAUGUCUUCAUAGAAAUUGGACCACGCCCAGUUCUGAAAGCACACAUUGACGAUAUCUUACAAGACACUUCACAGACUGCAGAAACUGUGCCAUCAAUGACACCAAAUUCGAAAUAUGAAAACCUUUUGAAAUCCCUGGGUGAACUGUAUGCAUGGAAUUGCAACAUAUGUUGGUGUGAACUGUUUGGAAUGAGAAGACAUACAACCCCUGAACCAACACACGCUUUUGAGCACAAACAUGUCAUGGCGUUCCCAGUGGGUAGUUCUUCAGGAACAUCUAUCUCCAUGCAUCACCUGUCAAGAGACACCAAGCUAAAUAUGCACAUUGAUCCAUCAUCUUUUGGUUCCAUCUAUGAGCAUACACUCAAGGGCAAAAGCGUUAUUCCAGGAGCAGCCUAUGCAGAGACUGGAUUUGCAAUCAUACGUCUGCUGAAACUUUCAAAUCCCUUUGCAUCAACAGUAUCAGUUGUGUUUCAAAGUCCAUUCACUCUGAAGAGGGGUUUUCCGGCUGAUUUGUCUGUAAACUUUACACACAAUGGCAGUUGUACACACUUUGAAGUGAAAAGAAAUGAUAUUGUUCAUGCAAAAGGAAAGAUAGAUCACCGAAGAGAGCAACCUGCGGAGGAGAGGCUAGACAUGAAGCAUAUUUUGAAACGAUGCACAGAAAAGGUCAAAGGGGAAUAUAUAUAUCAAAAGCUUGCAAAUCUUGGAUUCAAAUAUGGUGACAACUUUGCCACAAUUGACGAAGCACAUAAAGGGCAAGACGAAGCACUGGUCAAAAUGAAAAUCCCCGAGAUGCUUAGAAAAGAAAUGGAUCACACCUUUUUUCAUCCAGCUAUCCUUGAUGGAAUGCUUCAAGCAGCCGCAGCAACAUCCAUUGAAGUAGAUAAAGAGUUCUUACCUGUUCAGAUGAGCUAUGUCCACUUGAAGCAAGCUUUAGAGGCAGAAAUGUUUACCUACACCCAACGAUUGCACUCAACUGACCAUUACCAGUCAUUUCAUAUGAAGCUUCUUUCUGAGAAUGGAAGAGUUCUGGGUGAGGUUGGACUGUUCAAGAUCAAGUUCAUAGGUAGAGGUACAUAUGACCUUAUUCUACCAAACUGGACAAGAAUGGACCAGGUGUCUAAAGUAGAUGAUGCCCUGAACACAAAAAUUGCUGUAUUCACAGAUAGUAAGGUGUGCGUAAAGGAUGACACUGAGAACGUUUAUAGCAUGGAUAAACUAACACCUGAUUGGGUAAAGAAUGAACUCGAAUCAGCUAUGGAAGGCGUAUCAAAAGGAUGCUUCCUAUUUGGCACAAUUGAUGUUUCAACAGACAAUGGAUACUUUAUCCAAGAAGAACUGGUUAAGCGCUUCCUUUCACUGCGGUUAAUGGUUCUCUAUCUUUCUAGCAAACAAGCAGAGACACCUUUGAUAAUAAUGUCAGAAGCAACAGAAGCCAAGGCUGCAACUGAUGCAGCAGCAGCGACGACAUGUCUCAAUGAUGCAAUAACAGCAGCAGCACGAUGCAUCAUACGAGAACACAAAGCACUGAUCAUUCAAAUAGUGGAGGUUGUUGUGGGUACAAGUGGGGAAUUGAUGAAAAAUAUGAAACACUUUCUGUCAAAACUUCAAGCAAUUCCUCCAACCAAAUACCCAGAAAUACGGUUUGAAAACGACAGCAUUUACACAUCAUCAAUGCAACUCAUUUCUGAAGAAGGCCCAAACUACAGAGUCAGCAGUAUUCAAGACCAAACUGAUGUCCUCCUGUGUUCAACACUUGACAGCAAAAUUGUUGAUCCAUCAUUUGUGCAGGAUAUUGACUCUCAGCAUUAUGUUAAAAGAGAUGGCAAGGAUAUCUCGGUUGUUUCAGCUGUACUUCACAAACCUUGCUUACACAGCAUCACAAUUAACAAUCAACACUUUAGAGACAUCCAUAUGUACCCGAUCUUGUGUUUUGAGUUUGUUGGCAGGGAUGCAACUGGGAAUGGAGUUGUGCAACCUCAAAGCGUGGCACUCUUUCCAUCGCCUAUUAAACAGACUGUCAGUAUUCCCAUGCAGUGCAUCAUCGAUACAGCUAAGUUUCAAUGGUACCAGCCUGGUCUUAUGAUCAAGCUCUACUGCCUGUGGAAUCUGAGCCAGGUGGUGAAAAUGAAACAUGUAGCAAUCCUGUUUUCCCCGGAAACUGAAGCUCUUUCAAAAGUUCUUUCUAGCAUGUUAAAAUGUUAUGGGACAGAAUCCGUUGCCCUUAUCACCCCAGAAGAAUUGGCUACAAAUGGAAAUUGCUCCCACAGGUCCCUAAUCACAACAGUUAUGAUAUCUACUGACAGUCUCACAACGCUUGUUUCAAAAUGGUCUAAGCUGGAGAAUGUAAUCACAUUUGAAACAAUAAACAAAGAAAGAACACUCCAAUUCCUUCGUUCAGCUAAAUCAAGUCCAACAGUGUACAUUGUGCGUCCAUUUGACAAAUUUUCUCCGUCUUUAAUGCUUAGAAAUGUACCAAAACUCUUUGCAUGGCUUAGGAAACAUAACAAGCAAAACAAAGACCUCUUCAUGUCCCUCACAAGUGACUCUUCUCCACAAGAUGAAUGUACACCUAUCAGCAUAGCAGAGCUCAUGCAGACAACAUGCCUAGAUUUGUCAAGAAAAGAUGAAUUUGACCAGACGGUCAUGAAAACACAAGUCAACAAUCUAUUCAACAGAUGUGGUUCCUACAUUGUUGUUGGAGGAGGCACGGGACUUGGGUGGGAGUGCGUCUCAUACCUUGCAAAACAAGGAGCUGGAUGUAUUGUUAUUCUCUCCAGGAGUGUGCCUAAACCUGAGAAACAAGAGGAAAUACAAUCACUAAACACAAACUUCGGUUGCGUGGUGACAUCCAUUCAAACAGAUGUAUCAGAUUUCACGGCUUUGGUUUUUGCUUUUGCAACAAUAAAAGACAAGUUUUCAGAAUAUCCACUUCGUGGUAUUUUCUAUGGUGCAGCCAUUGUUGAUGAUAGUCUUCUCCCAGAUAUGACAGAAGAGAUGGUUCGUAAAGUAGUCUCUCCAAAAGUAACUGGGGUGUGGAAUAUGCAUGUCCUCACUGCACGCAUAAGCUUGGACUUCUUUGUCAUGCAUUCAUCUGUAGUAUCUGGCAUUGGAAACGCUGGUCAGUCCAAUUACGGUGCAGGAAAUGGCUUCAUGGAUGGACUUGCACAUUUGCGGAGAAGAUUUGAGAUGAAUGGUCAGAGUAUCAACUGGGGUCCACUAGACACAGGUCUUCUGGAGCGUACUGCAAAGACUGUACAGAUGCAUUUACAAGAGAAAGGGUUGCUUAUGAUUCAGCAGCCAGACAUAAGCAGCUGCCUAGAGCUAACACUGAUGCUGAAUAAAGUGCAGAUGUUUAUUGUGAACGUUGACCGAAAGAGGAUGUCUAAGCAACUAAUAAGAGACAAGGAGAAAAUUGUAAUGCUCCGACUACGUGACUACUUGGGACCCUUUUUGAAUCAACUGGAGGACAGUUCUAGUGAACAACAUUUUGAUUUGGCAAAAUUAAGAUCAUUAGAUCAAGGGAGCAGGUUGCAUCUCUUGAAAAACAAUCUAAGGGACCUGAUAUGUAGACAGGCUUUGCUAAAUGAAAGUGAGAUUGACGAUGAUGUUCUAUUAGUACAACAAGGACUCGACUCAAUGAAUGCCAUGGGUGUUGCUGAACGAAUCCAUGAAGAACUUGAUGUAACAAUUUCCGCCGUUGAUAUUGUGGUAAAAACAGUGUCUGACUUGGCAAGUAUGAUUAAUGAAGGUAUCACAGAUCCAGAGGUUCUCACAGAGGAAUAUGAACGUGUUAUCAGUCAAACUGAUAUCCAGGACUCCAUUGAAAGGCAUAUCCUAGAAGAUGAGCAGCAAAGUCAGAACAAGUCUGGAUUCAUAUUUGAUUAUGUACAGCGUCUCCCAGAUGUUAUGCUUGAUACCCAAAUUGAACAAAUAGUUACCGAAUGUUUCUCCAGACACCGCAUAGCUAACAGGACAUUUGCCUUUCUGAACAGUGAUAUCAAAAGAGAAGAAUCCACAUCUACCGACAGCUUCGAAACAGUCACAGGAAAACUUGCCACUGAAUUAGUCAGCGAAGCCCACAAAUUCGUGAACCUGGAAAAGAUAGGACCAAUCAAAUGUUUUUUUCUGUCGGAUUCAUUCAAGCUGGUUCUUCUUCUACACCGUGUUGCGUUUGACCGUAACGGGGCCAAGGUACUCGCAGAAGAACUUAAAAUGUUUGGAGAGGCUCUUGUGCAAGGAAAAUCUCUGGCAGAUGUCCAUACAAACCCAGACAGAAAUAUUGCAAAAGAGAUACAAUGUGUAUUGGCUCCAAAGUACAAACACCUCGAGGCAUUCUGGAAGAAAACCCUGCAUAAAACCACAUAUGCCACACUUUCAAAACGCCCCAAAGCCCCCAGUGGACAAUAUUGCAGUGGCAUACGCAUUGGGAGAAGAAUGGAGGAUAAAGCAACUGAUAAACUGCCCCGAUCACAGAACCUAACACCAUUCGACUUCAUGAUUAGUGUGCAUCAACUAAUGGUGGCCUUUGAAGGAAAUACGAAUUCACCAUCAAUCCUAAUCCCUGUGGAUUUGCGUCAAUAUGUCCCCUCACUGGCCAAAUGUGUGGGAAGAUGUACAAACUACAUCCCUGUCAUUGCAGACAUUCCAGAUCUGUGGAAAACCACAGUGGAAACGUUCCUCACUGAGAACCAGAAAAGACUUCAAGAAUACAAGAAGCAUGGCCUCUUCCUCUAUAAAAACAUCAAAGCUUUGCUGUCUGAGGAACAUAUGCAAACUAAUCGGUUCAUUUACGAAGAUCAAACAGAUAAGGAGAAUUUCAAUGACGAGGAAUGUAAAAGCCACCUAACAUUUGCCCCUGCUGCAGAAACCUGUAUGAGCUCUGUGGGGCCAUUCUGGUCGGGAAUGGUGGUGAAUGUGUCGUCUUUCCGGUACCAGCAGAGGGGUUGGAGUGUUGCUGUUGAGGGGGCUGAUCCUUAG